GGAGAAGAAAAUUAACUAAAAAUGAUGAGUCAACCGUGUUCGGAUUACUGUUACUGAUCGACUUCGAUUUGUCCGAUGUGUGAACCAUUAUCGGAUUAACAAUCGUUACUUCCUCUUUUCCCUUCCACCGCUCUAAAAACCCCAUCUUUCUGCUAUUAUUUCAUCCAUCAUCCACACACACAGUUCUCUGCAGUCUCUGAAACACAAAGAAUAUUAGAGAUAUUGAUGGCUCAGGAUAGUGUUUCGAGUCUUGAAUCACCCAGGAAAAGAUCUGGCUUACUGAGAGAUCAAGUCCAGCUGGUGAAAAGAAGGGACACGGGUCGUUAUGAGAUUGUCCCAAUUCAAGAUACUCUGUCAUUUGAAAAAGGAUUCUUCAUCGUGAUCCGGGCAUGCCAAUUGUUGGCUCAAAAGAACGAUGGAAUCACGCUGGUUGGAGUGGCAGGCCCUUCUGGUGCUGGAAAGACUGUGUUUACCGAAAAGAUUCUCAACUUUAUGCCUAGUAUUGCUGUCAUAAACAUGGACAACUACAACGAUCCAAGUCGGAUUAUCGAUGGAAACUUUGAUGAUCCACGCUUGACGGACUACGAAACUUUGCUCGAGAAUAUCCGAGGCUUAAAAGCUGGAAAGUCUGUUCAAGUUCCUAUAUAUGACUUCAAAUCUAGUUCUCGUAGUGGAUACAGGACGGUUGAUGUUCCCAGUUCUCGAGUAGUACUCAUUGAAGGGAUUUACGCCUUGAGUGAAAAGUUGCGGCCCAUGAUAGAUCUUCGUGUCUCAGUCACCGGUGGAGUGCACUUCGACCUGGUAAAACGGGUUCUUAGGGACAUUCAACGUGUUAACCAAGAUCCAGAAGAAAUAAUACAUCAAAUCUCCGAAACGGUCUACCCGAUGUACAAGGCCUUCAUCGAACCAGAUCUUCAGACAGCCCAUAUAAAAAUCACCAACAAGUUUAACCCAUUCUCCGGGUUCCAGAAUCCCACUUAUGUUUUAAAGUCUUCGAAGACGGUCCCACCAGAUCAGAUCAAGGCUGUUCUUUCCGAGGAACACAAAGAAACCAAUGAAGAAACAUAUGAUAUUUUUUUGCUGCCCCCAGGUGAAGAUCCCGAAGCUUGCCAAUCGUAUCUGAGGAUGAGGAACCGGGAUGGCAGAUACACUCUCAUGUUUGAGGAAUGGGUGACAGAUCCUCCCUUCAUUAUAUCACCUCGAAUUACUUUCGAAGUUAGUGUGCGUCUUCUUGGUGGCUUGAUGGCCCUAGGGUACUCCAUUGCGUCCAUCUUGAAAAGAAGCAGUCACGUGUUCUCCGAUGACAAGGUUUGUGUCAAAACCGAUUGGUUGGAGCAACUGAAUCGACACUAUAUUCAGGUGCAAGGCAAAGACCGUUCAUAUGUCAAAUGGAUUGGCACACAGCUGGGGCUCGAAGGUUCUUACAUCCCUCGCACUUACAUCGAACAAAUUCAACUGGAAAAGCUUCUAAAUGAUGUUAUGGCUUUGCCAGCUGAUCUUAAGACGAAACUAAGCAUUGAUGAUGAUACGGUCUUGAGCCCAAAAGAAGCUUUGUCUCAAGCCUCGGCAGAUAGGAGAAUGAAGUUUCUUAAUCGCGGUAUGUCGCUCUCAUUUUCAACGCAGCGUGAAAAGCAUCUUAGCAAACUGACAAAACUUGCGGUGAAUAAUAGGAGAUACGAUGUAAGAACUCCCGAUUCACCAGCAGUUGCUAACCAGGGUGCAAUCACUCGGCUUUCUGAACAGAUCUCCACACUGAGUGAGCGAAUGGAUGAGUUUACGUCUCGGAUAGAAGAGAUUAGCUCAAAAUUGUCCACAAGGAGAGGCAUUUCUGCUAGUCAGCCAAAUUUGACGGUGUAUCCAGAAGUGAGCAAUGGAUCAGCGCCUACUACGCUUUUUAUGGCGGGUUUAGGCAAUGGUUCGUUGACUAGCUCUCUGUUACCUCAUUCAUCAUCGUCUUCUCAAUUGGCACGGGAAUCUGUCAUGGAAGAGGUUGUUGCGAUUGCGAGGGGACAACGACAGAUCAUGCACCAGAUAGACAUUCUAAGCAAUACCAUACGUGAGACGUAUGGCGAGAGGUCGCACCAAGAAAGAAGAGGAAGGCAAGAAACGGGAGCAGAUAUUGAAUCAAUCGGCAUUCCUCUAAUCCUCACUUUGGCGAUUGGUGGUAUAGGUAUCUUCUUGUUCAGAACCCUGUCAUCAUCUUAGAGGUCAACUCGGGCGCCAAAUUAUAUAUUCGCAAACACGUACUACUAUACCAAGCCAUACAUGUAGAGAUAGAUAGGGAAACCACCUCCCGUUGUCAACUGACAAGAUAACUUUUCGUGUAUCUGGGCUCCUAUUUCUCUCAUAGGUCAGCUGCAGUUGUUGGACUUCAUAUUUAAAACAGCGGUCAGCACUGCAAGAAAGUUUUUAUCUUGAACCUUUCUUGUUUAGUUUACUGAGCAAAGAAGCGACUCGUCCCAAGGCCGGUGUGGGUUUUUAUGAUCCCCCGGGAUUUUCAGAGAUCUUGCUGCAACUUCACACCAAAAUCAUUCUUCUUCAUUUUGCCUAAUGAAAACGAGAAACAAAGGUAUGGGGAAUGUGGUGUAGUUGUAGUUCUUUUGAACACUUUUAUAAUGCAAAAUCCCUUUAGUCUUCUGUCUGUUCUUUCAUCAUGAGUGGGCUAAUACAGGCAAAAUAUUCAUUGAAGCAGUAAAGAACUCAUUUUUCACAAAACUUCUGAAAAA